CCGGGCGCGCGCUUCUGUCGCGGGCGCGCGCAGUGACAGCUGUCAUCGGGCGCGCGCGGCGGAGCGGGUGCACAACAGGAGCAAAAACAUCAAAUACCUUCGCUUACGUAUAAUGGCCGCUGGCUCGAGCUCCAUGAGGAUUCUCAUUAAAGGCGGGCGGGUCGUUAAUGAUGAUGUCACUCAGGAGGCGGAUGUUUACAUCGAGAACGGGCUCAUCCAGCAGGUGGGGCGGGAUCUGAUGAUUCCGGGCGGAGCCAAAGUGAUUGACGCGUCCGGGAAGCUGGUGAUUCCAGGCGGCAUCGACUCCAGCGUUCACCUGCAGCAGACCUUCAUGAACGCAAACACACAGGACGACUUCUACACCGGCACCAAGGCGGCGCUGUUGGGGGGCUCGACGAUGGUGAUCGCGCACGUUCUGCCCGAGAGAGGCGCGUCGCUGCUGGAGGAGUUCGAGAAGAUCCGCGCUCACGCUGACGCAGAAGCCUGCUGUGAUUACGCGCUGCACGUGGGCGUCACCUGGUGGGGACCGAAGGUGCGCAGGGAGAUGCAGGUGUUGGUGGGAGAGAAAGGUGUAAACUCCUUCCAGAUGUUCAUGGCGUAUAAAGAUGUGCUGAUGCUGAAGGACUCGGAGCUGUAUCAGGCCAUGCACAGCUGUAAGGACAUCGGAGCCGUCGCUCGCGUCCACGCUGAGAACGGAGAACUGGUGCACGAGGGGACAAAAGAGGCACUGGAUCUGGGCAUCAGUGGUCCGGAGGGGAUGGAGAUCAGUCGACCAGAAGAGUUGGAGGCAGAGGCCACACACCGAGCCAUAACCAUCGCAAACAGGGCUCACUGUCCAGUGUACUUGGUGAAUGUCUCCAGUGUGUCUGCUGCUGAUGUCAUUGCUGCCGCUCGGAUGCAGGAUAAGGUGGUUCACGCCGAGACCACACUGGCUCAUUCAGCGCUGAGCGGCAUGCAUUACUAUCAUCAGGACUGGGCUCAUGCUGCCGCCCACGUCAUAGCUCCGCCCCUCCGGCUCGACCCCAACACCCCCGACUGCCUCAUGGGCCUGCUGGGCAAUGACAUCAUCAACGUGGUGGCGUCGGAUCACCGCGCCUUCAACACCAAGCAGAAGGCCAUGGGGAAGGAAGACUUCACCAAGAUCCCUCACGGAGCGGCCGGCGUGGAAGACCGCAUGAGCGUCAUCUGGGAGAGAGGAGUGGUCGCUGGUAAGAUGGAUGAGAAUCGUUUUGUGGCCGUGACAAGCUCGAAUGCGGCUAAGAUCUAUAAUCUGUACCCGCGGAAGGGCCGCAUUGUCCCAGGAGCGGACGCUGAUGUGGUGGUGUGGGACCCGGAUGCCAGCCGGACGAUCUCGGCGAGCUCUCAGGCUCAGGGCGGAGACUUUAACCUGUACGAGGGCCAGCGCUGUCACGGCGUCCCGCUGGUGACCAUCAGCCGUGGUCGUCUGGUGUGUGAGAACGGCGUGUUCACCUGCGCUCAGGGCUCCGGGAGGUUCUACCCCAUGCGAUCCUUCCCGGAUUUCCUCUACAAGAAGAUGGUCCAGAGAGAGAAGACCCAGAGACUUCGCGGUGUGGAUCGAGCGCCGUAUUCGGGCGACGUCGCCGCCGUAACCAACUCUAUCAGGAAGGAAUCUGCCACUCCGGAGGGUGAUGUUCCCAUGCGUGCGUCCACGCGUCACUCGGGCGUACGAGACCUGCACGAGUCCAGCUUCAGCCUGUCAGGAGCUCAAGUGGACGAUCACAUUCCUAAGAGAUCCUCGGCCAGAAUUCUGGCUCCACCUGGUGGACGUUCCAGUGGCAUCUGGUAACCGUGGAAACCGCAGAACCACCACCACGGCGACCGCUGCAUGUCCUCCUACACAUGUGAUUGAAACUAUUAAAUAUCUAGCUGUAAACGAAGAACUGGAUCGAAUCGCAGUCAGCGUCGCAUCCAAAGUGCCAACUCAAACUGUGCUGCAUUACCAUAAAUCCACCCAAAAACCAUUAUAUACUCACAUUUCCUUCUCCCAAACUCCCAAACUGUUUUGGGCCCCAUUGACUUCCAUAGCGAACAAAAAUCUGUCCCUGAAAUGUUUUGCUAACGUUUCUGUUACGUUACGAAAACAUAACUGAAUGUUCUCAGAGCGUUUAGUUUUUUAAAUAUUUAAAACCAUUUUCUUCUUGGUUAUGCAAAUGUUAAAGAAAACGUUAGGGUAACAUUUCAUUAUAUGAUAUUUUCAAAACAUCCCAUUAACGAUGAAUAAAUAAAUGUUUUGAGAGCAUUAUUAAAGACCUGAUCAGUGAACAAACGUUGUAUUAAUGUUACUGGAGAGAACGUAUUCAGGAGGUUUCCUGUUAGCUGGGAUACUAUGGAAGUCAAUGGGUGCCGCCAACUGUUUGGUUCCUGACAUUCUUCAAAAUGUGUUCAUUAGAAAAAAAAACUCAGAAAGGUUUUAAACAACAAGAAUUUGAAAUUUUAAUUCACUCGCGUUCGUCAUUCUUCUCCAGAUCACUGUUUAGAGUUCAUAUUUUGCCAAAAGAGUAAUGAGGAGGAAAACCGUUAUGAUCUAAGUGUUAAAACCCAAGUGUAUUUUUCCCUCCUGCUUCAGGAAACACAGGAACUCUUGUGCUGAGAAUCACGUCACAGACCCACCUGCCCUCAUUUAAAGAUUCAGCUCAGCCAGAGAUGAACAUUAGCUGAUAACCUGCUCAUCUGAGAUCAGGAUGAGUUUGUUUCUUCAUCAGGUUUGUAGAAAU